CACCGCGCCAUAGUGUAAGUGUAGAAGACAUGGCGGGUAUCAGCCUAGCUAAAUGAUGAAAUAAUUUUUGUUUGCUAAUAUAAGAACGUGUUAAUUUCAUUAAACAAGUGUUGAUAUUAAAAGACUAAUUUAGUUUAAUUGGAUUAGGAUAAAAAUGCAGAAUGUCGGACAGUCUGAAAAUCGAAAUAUCGAUAAGGUGAAUGUGCAACUUGAUGUGGUAAAAUCGUCCACUCCUCAAAGUUCGGCUUCGAGUCCAGCUAAAUCUGAAACCGAAACAUAUUCGGGAGCACCUGCCAAAUACAUGACGGACUCUUCGGAAAGCGAAGAUGACUCCGUAUCCGAGAUCUUGUUGGCUUGUUUGUGCCUUAGCAGGCCAGACCUGUUGGCGGAGAUGGAUGAAGAAGGUGGUGGUACGGAGACUUCCAAGUUCCUACUUACACAUGAUGAGCCUGAACCAACAGUUGAAGCAGAAGUACAGGCGAGGCUUGAAACUUUGUUAGAAGUAGCUGGUAUAAGCAAUUUGUCCGGCGAGGGCAAGCGGCUAGCAGACCCCGAUGUGUUGCGGCGGUUGACGUCUUCUGUAUCUUGUGCUUUAGACGAAGCGGCCGCAGCACUUACCAGAAUGAGGAGUGAUCAGACUCCCGCGCACCAUAGGCACCACCAUCAAGAUAAGCCCACGCAAUGUGGUUCCACGGCGACGGGGACAACACAAACGGUCCCUUCAUCUGUGGGCGCGGAUGGAGCUCCUUCCCUCGCUGAGGCCUGCUCGGAUGGGGAUGUCGGGACGGUCAGGAAGCUUCUAACAGAAGGCCGGUCCGUCCAUGAAACGACUGAAGAAGGAGAGUCCCUUUUAUCCCUCGCUUGUUCCGCGGGUUAUUACGAACUGGCGCAGGUGCUAUUAGCAAUGCACGCAAGUGUCGAAGACCGUGGAAUUAAGGGGGAUUGUACACCCCUAAUGGAAGCGGCAAGUGCGGGCCACGUAGACAUCGUACGUUUACUGAUCGCACACGGCGCUGACGUUAACGCGGUGUCUGGUUCCGGGAACACGCCCCUUAUGUACGCGUGCGCGGGUGGACACGAGGAGUGCGUACGCGCGUUGCUCGAGAACGGCGCUAAUGUUGAAGACCAUAACGAGAAUGGCCAUACACCGCUUAUGGAGGCCGCAUCCGCCGGUCACGUGGGCGUAGCUAAGAUCCUUCUGGAACACGGCGCCGGUAUCAACACCCACUCCAACGAAUUCAAGGAGUCAGCCCUAACCCUAGCAUGCUACAAAGGUCACCUCGACAUGGUGCGAUUCCUUUUAGCGGCUGGAGCUGACAGGGAGCAUAAGACCGAUGAAAUGCAUACCGCAUUGAUGGAGGCCAGUAUGGAUGGUCACGUGGAGGUGGCAAGACUUCUGCUUGAUUCUGGAGCACAGGUGAACAUGCCAACUGACAGCUUCGAGUCACCUCUUACCUUAGCGGCGUGUGGGGGGCAUGUGGAGUUAGCGAUGUUACUUCUAGAACGUGGCGCCAACAUCGAAGAAGUUAACGAUGAAGGGUAUACGCCGCUUAUGGAGGCUGCCAGGGAGGGUCAUGAAGAGAUGGUAGCACUGCUCCUCGGUCAGGGCGCGGCGAUCAACGCGCAAACUGACGAGACGCAGGAAACCGCUCUUACACUGGCUUGCUGUGGUGGUUUCCUUGAAGUGGCUGAUUUCCUCAUCAAGGCCGGGGCUGAUGCUGAGCUGGGAGCCUCGACGCCUCUCAUGGAAGCCAGCCAGGAAGGCCAUUUGGAGCUGGUUCGGUAUCUCCUAAACGCGGGUGCGGACGUGCACGCCCAAACGCAAACGGGUGACACGGCGUUGACAUACGCAUGCGAGAACGGACACACGGACGUAGCGGACGUGUUACUACGGGCCGGCGCCGUACUAGAGCACGAGAGUGAAGGUGGACGCACGCCCCUUAUGAAGGCUUGUCGUGCUGGACAUCUUUGUACUGUGCAGUUUCUUGUUGGAAAGGGUGCGGACGUAAACCGUAUGACAGCGAACGCGGACCACACGCCGUUAUCGCUAGCGUGCGCGGGCGGACAUGCGGACGUCGUGAAAUUCCUUUUGGCAUGCGAUGCGGACCCGUUCAGAAAGCUCAAGGACAACUCGAGCACGUUGAUCGAAGCUGCCAAGGGCGGACAUACAGCCGUUGUUCAGUUGCUGUUGGACUUCCCGCACUCGGUCAUGUUACCGAGGGGUGAGGGAGGCGUGACGUCAGAGGACAACAACGGUUUGAGUACGGCGCAGGCGGCAGCUUUAGGUUUGUCGCACGCGCCUGCGCCGGGUUUCAAUCAACGAGCGCUUCUCCCUGCGCACCCUCACCAGCCGCUGGCACCUGCCCCCGCCCCCGCCCCCGCUGACCUACCCCCCAACUUCGCCAAGGUCUAUUUAGACGGAAGAAAAAAGCAACCCGUUGCGCCUAACGCUCCCUCCGCCAUUCCCGCCAACCCAGUGACAAGUGGGGCGGGCACCAUGCCUAUGCCUAUGGGUACUCAGGCCCCUCUGAUGGGUACCCAAACUCCACUUAUGGCUAAUCAAGCACCUCUAUUGGGUGCCCAUGUCCCACAUAUGAGUACUCAAGCACCUCUCAUGGCUAACCAGGCACCGUUAAUGGGUAAUCAAACCCCGCUAAUGGGCACCCAAGCCCCUCUUAUGGGUAGCCAGGCACCGCUACUGGGUGCUGGCGUACCUGUGAUGGGUGGGGCGGCGCCGGUCAAACACAAGUGCAAUAGGAAACAAAGGCCCGCGCCCCAACAUUCGGAUCAUCACUUACCUCCGCCGCCCGAUAUUAUUGAUGAUCAGAGAGCGGAAGCCCUCGCUGGACAAGUUCGAAACGAAUCACUGCCAGAGACUGAACGGGGUAUGCUGGAGCUAACUGAUUCAUCUGGUCCACCGACGCUCGCCACGUCAGCCUUGCACGCUCUCGACCUACAAUUCUGCGCCCAAGGUGCGAAAGUUCAUCCACCCGUCUCCCCGCCUUACCCCCCUCCGAAACAUUUAUUCCAAGUGCAGCAACUAGCGACUAACGUAAGCCAGAACACUCCCAUACAAGAUCGGCCCCGCGCAAAGGCGACACGUAAAUGUGCUAAGUUUGGUUGCAAAUUCCUUCUUCUAGACGCGUUGCAACGUCUCGGACAGCACAUUCAUGAUGUGGGUGACGUCACGCUUCAAUUGCAAGAACUCCAACAACAGCAGCUCCAGCAAUUGACGGCGCAACAACAGCAGCAGCAAAAGAAACAGCAACAACAAUUACAGCAACAAUAUGUACAGGAUAUGCAGCAGAGACCUGAAGCGUAUGCGCCGCAAGUGGGUGACGAGGUAAGCGCGGGUGAUGGCAACUCGGUGGAAGCGCGUGGCCUUGGCGCGGUUCUCGCGUAUCUUCAACGGGAAGUGCCUUCACUCGUAGCCCUACCACCCAAUGAGCUCAGAACCCUUGUGCUGCAGGUAAUGCAGCAGAAGUCCCAUGAGCUCCAGCUGGACAAAUGCGUGGGCGAGGGCGAUGGCAGCGGGGAGGAAGGCGACGAAAGACACGCCAGACGUCUGCUGGCUGCCGCCGAGGAGGCUCUCACCGCUGACUGUGAUAUGCAGGGCAUGCAACUGGUUGGUCAACCCGUGCAUGAGUUUCCUGAAACGGUUGCGCCGACGUCCCUUGAGCCCACGGAGCCGAGACCUGACCUGGAAGUUCCCUCUGACCAUCACCAUCACUUCGCCUUACCACCGCCAGCUAUAACUUACGAUGACUUUAGAACGUCAUACGCUCCGCCAGUAGUGCCAACCACAAUGCCCAGUGACAUGCAACCGGGCAUGGCCCCCAACAUGUCUAUAGCUCUCACGGCUGGCCUCAACGCGGGCCUCACAGCUGCAAUGGCAGCCGGUGUGGCGCCGAACCUUUCUGCCGAAGUGGCACGUGACAUAAUCGCGGGGCUCACGGCACAGAUGCCGGCGGCCGCGCCUGCCCUACCCACUUCGUACACCCCGCCCUUGCCACACCCGACCAAGAGGGAUCAUCAUCACCAGGCUACCAAUACCAGUGGAAUUAAGACUAAAAAGAACCGUUUUGGCAAUCGCGGGUGCCGAACGGAGACGUACGGUGCGUCGCCCCCUCAGCCAGCGCCUGCGGCCUAUCCCUCCAUGGACGUGGACUCGGAAACGGACUCGAACCACGACACGGCGUUGACCCUGGCCUGUGCUGGAGGUCACGAAGAGCUGGUAGAGUUGCUUUUGGCGAGAGGGGCGGAUAUUGAGCAUCGGGACAAGAAGGGUUUCACACCUCUAAUACUAGCGGCGACAGCGGGCCACGAGAAGAUAGUAGAGAUUCUCCUGAACCACGGUGCGGAUAUCGAAGCCCAAUCGGAAAGGACGAAGGACACCCCCCUCUCCCUCGCCUGCAGUGGGGGCAGGUACGACGUCGUGGAGCUGAUACUCAGUCGCGGUGCGAAUAAAGAGCACAGAAAUGUGUCCGACUAUACGCCCCUCUCGUUGGCUGCUUCGGGCGGAUACGUCAAUAUUAUACGGCUUUUGUUACAUCACCAGGCGGAGAUUAACUCCCGUACGGGUUCGAAGCUGGGAAUAUCACCUUUAAUGUUAGCGGCUAUGAAUGGUCAUACGGCGGCUGUUCGACUCCUAUUGGACUGCGGUUCGGAUAUCAACGCGCAGAUCGAGACCAAUCGCAAUACAGCGCUUACCCUGGCCUGUUUCCAAGGCCGCCACGAAGUCGUAAGCCUUCUCCUAGACCGCAAAGCGAACGUGGAACACCGUGCCAAGACUGGUUUAACACCCUUAAUGGAGGCAGCUAGUGGGGGGUACGUGGAAGUCGGAAGAGUUCUCCUAGAUAAAGGGGCUGACGUCAAUGCGCCACCCGUGCCUUCGUCAAGGGACACCGCCCUUACCAUCGCAGCUGAUAAGGGACAUACUAAGUUCGUCGAGCUACUGCUGCAGAGACGAGCGGCAGUAGAAGUGAAAAACAAGAAAGGCAAUUCUCCCUUAUGGUUGGCAGCGAACGGCGGCCAUUUGGCAGUUGUCGAGAUGUUGUACGCGGCUGGUGCAGAUAUCGACUCACAGGAUAAUAGAAAGGUUUCUUGCCUGAUGGCAGCCUUCCGCAAGGGCCAUACGAAAGUGGUUAAGUGGAUGGUUGGUGUCGUCACGCAAUUCCCUUCAGACCAGGAAAUGACAAGGUACAUUUGUACAAUAUCGGAUAAGGAGUUGCUAGAAAAAUGCCAAGAGUGCGUGCGCGUCAUUCGAGCAGCGAAAGAAACUCAAGCGGCGAGGGCCAAUCAAAAUGCCACCAUUUUACUAGAAGAGUUAGAUGCGGAACGAUGCCGGGAAGAGAGCCGCAGACAGGCAGCUGCUAGAAGGCGAGAGAGGAAGAAGAAAAAGAAGAUGGAGAAAAAGGAGGAACGACGUAAACUGCAAGCGGAGAAUGAAAAGAACAGCCUGUACUGCGAAAAGGCAUCUGGGGAGUUGUCAGAAGGCGGAGAGCCUGAUGAUGAGCCCGUGCCCAAGGAGGAAGGUGACUCCGGCAUUGACGCCAACUCACAGGGUUCCUGUUCAUCAUCGGAUGUGAAAGCUCCACCCGCUUCAAGCAAAAGUAAGAAAAAGAAAAAAGAAGAAAAGACACCUCCACCCGCACCUUCUAAGAAACAACCCGAUAAAACAAAGCCUAAAAUAGAGAUAAAAGAGAAAGAAGUCACCUCUAAGAGCGAAAAGAAGCAAGAGAAAGAGAACGUUGCGCCUGCGCCUCUCGCCACUCCUGUCACUCCGCCUAAGCACGAGCGACGAGAGAAGAAAGAAAAAAAACAAGAAGAAGAUGCUAAAAGCAUCGCAGUACAGAAUAUUAACAAAUUUGGGAACAGCUCUAGAAAGAGCCAAGUAUUUGAAUCGUCUAGGUUUAACGUGGAGAGAGACGACGUUGACACGAUCGAGAAAAAUAAAAAAAUAUUCAGCCAAUGGGAGAUGGAAGGCAAAAAUACUUCCCCAAAGGGGGCAACAGCUCCUGGUGCUUCGCGUCGCGAGGAGGGCUGGAAGGAAGUCGUCAGAAAAUCCAGCGUUCAACCUCCAUCUGCAGUGGAGCCUGGAUGUAAGAAAGUGUGCGUAGCAUCUCAUGCGAUAUCCCGUGUGAUCGGUCGCGCCGGCUCGAACAUUAACGCGAUCCGAUCGGCGACCGGCGCUCACAUCGAAGUCGACAAGCAGACUAAAGGCCAGGGGGAGCGGAUUAUUACUAUCAAAGGCUCGACGGAAGCUACAAAGCAAGCGGCCACCCUUAUUGCAGCAAUGAUUCGUGAUCCAGAAGCGGACAUAGCGCAGCUGUUGCCCCGGGCUAAGUUACCUGCGCCCGCGCCACAACCAGCUAUUGUUAAGCCUGCUAAACAACCUACGCCUAAGGUGGCUCAUACAAGUAGCGUGCCAGUGACAAGUCGAGUAGGGCCAACGACCAGUACGGGCGUGGUAACGAUCGCGCCCGCACCUGCGCGUGCGCCUGCCAAGCAACACAUGCCUGCGAGACCGCCCACACGGACGCAUACACACCCCAUCACAACACCAAGCAACGAAAAGCGUGCCCCAAGUGCCCCUGGCGCCCCAAUAAGCUCAGUUAGCUCGAGUACCGCGACCGCAAAGCCGGGCGCGUUGUCGUACACGGGCGCCAUCGUGGGUGCUAGGAGCCACACCUUCGCCGCUAAACUCACUGCCACGCCCCCUCUGGACACGAAACCUAGGCCUACCACACAGGUGUGCGCCAGUCCAUCAAGUGCGGCAAGUAGCGGCGCGAGUUCGUCUCCCCUCAAGAGCCGUACACCUCCCCCUACUCCUCGGCCCCCUCUGCCCACGCCCCCUAGAUCUGACGACCCAAGACUCGUCGAAAGACUGCAGCUAAGCCCAGACAACUCCAGUACAUGGAGCAACGAAGAAAUCCCAGUGAAUACAUCAACUUCAGCUCUACACAUUAAUACUACCCCACAGUCAAGCGGCAGCGCAGGCAGCAGCGCAGGCACCCAAGAAUACUCCCUCUUCACCGCGUGUCACCUCCCUGGCAACACAGCGCCAGGUCCCGGUGUAUGGGGCGAACCGUCGCAUAGCGAGCCCCCGCCCCCGCAAGUGGACGCGAGCAAGGCACCGGGAUAUCGUGGGGCGGGUGGUUGCUCACCCUGCUCGAGGACUUCCUCCCACGGCUCCACGCCGCCGCCUUAUCACCAGCCUUACCAUCAGCAGAAUGCUAUGGGUAACAACAUGAACGCUAUGGACAUGAGUGGUCUAUCCCGGAACGGCCCCAUGUACCAAGAUAACUCCCGAAAUGGACACAACAUAAUGGUAUCUAUGUCGAGCGGCGUUGGCCUCGGUUACGUAAAUGUGGGCAACGUGGGCAAUGUGGGCAGCGUGGGUAGCGUAGGCGUUGGUGUUGAAAACGUAUCCCGACUUAACCCUCGAGCGCCUGAUUUUGCCCAACGUCACCCUCUGCUGCAGCAUCAGCACAAACACGCCGCUCAGCAACUAUUCGCGAGUGCAAGUAACGCCGGCAACCUGAGCUCGUUGCUGAUGUCGUACCAGCAACACCAGCAGCACCAGCAACAUCCCCAACAUCAGCAGCAGCAGCAGCAACCGCAGCAGCAGCCGCAACAGCAACAUCCUUACCAGUCCCUGCUGGAACGUGGUGUCGGCGUCGGCGUGAACUCAGUGGGCGUGGGUAUGGGCGUGUCCUGGGCGGAAGAGGAAGAGCGCAAGCCCAGGCCCAUAGGCACCGAACGCGCCUGGAAGCUCACUGCCGGAGAAGACUGGCACCACCGCACGGACCACGACAGAUACCAGCAACAAGGCGUGAGCGGAAUGAGCGGCGUGAGUAGCGUAGGUAGCGUGGGCGUAGUGGGCGAUGCGUACGGCGGCGCCACCACGGCGGCGUUUUCGCUGAUGCAAGCUCUGCCCCUGCACUACGUUCCGCCCGAACAUCCGCAUUGGGAACGCCCCCCGCAACACAACAACGACAAACCGCAAACGUGGAGUAAGUGGAAUCACUAGCACGUGCCCCCACUCGUACCCGCGUGAACGUAACAACGUUGUAGAUAUUAGCGAGAAAGAUAUAUACAGAAUAUAUGGUGAGCGUCCGCCAUUUAGACAAAUUAUUAUUAUAGUUGUUACUCGGCGCCAUUAGCGCGACUAGCUAGUAGCUGCGCAGUCUACGCCGAACCGAAUGUAAUUCUGUUCGCCCAGCGGCCCGCCAGCGCCUUUACUAUAUUUUACUAUUUACGGCAUAAUAUUCGGAAAACGAGCCGAUACGGAUUUUCAUAACGUGUAACAAAUUCGCUUGUACAUGAAGAUUAAAUAUCAUAUAUUAAUGCACCGUAACCACUGUUUUUAAUGCCACCUGCGGUUUUAUUUCAAUACUUUUAGUUUGGGUAAAUGUAUAUUUAAGUAAAUUAUUACGAAGACUUACGUCUCGAAUAUGGUUAGCAGGAUUUUCGGUAAGUUCAAAUAAACCGUUGUCAAAUAAAUUGAGUGUCUUCUUGAAUAGGGCUUGUUAGGUCGCGAAGCUUCGGUAGAUGGCUCUACAGUACCUGUAACGGCCAAUGAGAGUAGCUUAUUUAAAUUUAGAAUUCGGUCAUGUAUUUUAUAACCAAUCAGAUGAGAGUUGUAUUGUAUAGCAAUUUGACUGGAUAUUUUGAUUGGCGCGGUAACCUUUACCUAGUUGAAUAUUCACUGCCUUGAUACAAGAGAUCGCCUCAUGUUGCCUUGUCUAUAGUUAUGCAGACUCAUCAUUUUCUAUAGUUAUAUAAAUAAUAAAAUAUAUUAAGAAA